AGCCUCCUCCGCGGCUCCCCUCCCUCUCCUCCGUCCCCCUCUUUCUCCCUUAUUCCCAUCCUGAAGCCAGGCGCAGUUGGAGCUUCGGUCGCCGCUGCCUCUGCUUACCUACCACCACCACCACCACCUACUACUCUACUACUACUCUACUACUACCACCACCACCACCACCUCUCCACCGCUCGGGGACUUGCCCAGAGGACAAGGACGUCGCUCGUUCCUUGCCAGCGCCGAGAAGCGACCCCCCGGAGAGCCACAAAGGAGCGCCGACGGCGAAGCCUGCGCUGCCAGCGGAGUCGCCAUGAGUUGGGGCACGGAGCUCUGGGAUCAAUUUGAUAAUUUAGACAAGCACACACAGUGGGGCAUUGAUUUCCUGGAAAGAUAUGCAAAAUUUGUUAAAGAAAGGAUAGAGAUUGAACAGAAUUAUGCGAAGCAACUGAGAAGUCUGGUGAAGAAAUACUGUCCUAAACGUUCAUCCAAAGAUGAAGAGCCCAGGUUUACCUCAUGUAUAGCCUUUUAUAAUAUUCUUAAUGAGUUAAAUGACUACGCAGGACAGCGUGAAGUAGUAGCAGGAAUGGGACAUAGGGUAUAUGGAGAACUGAUGAGAUAUUCCCACGAACUCAAAACAGAAAGGAAACUGCACCUUCAAGAGGGCCGAAAAGCACAACAGUAUCUUGACAUGUGUUGGAAGCAGAUGGAUAAUAGCAAAAAGAAAUUCGAAAGAGAGUGCAAAGAAGCAGAAAAGGCACAGCAGUGUUAUGAGAGACUGGACAAUGAUACCAAUGCCACUAAAGCAGAUGUUGAAAAAGCAAAGCAGCAACUAAACCUACGUACACAUAUGGCUGAUGAAAAAAAUGAAUAUGCUGCACAGCUCCAAAAUUUCAAUGGUGAACAGCACAAGCAUUUCUAUAUUGUCAUUCCUCAAAUAUAUAAGCACCUUCAAGAAAUGGAUGAGCGACGAACCAUCAAACUUAGUGAAUGUUAUAAAGGAUUUGCAGAUUCUGAGCGGAAAGUUAUUCCAAUAGUCUCAAAAUGUUUAGAAGGAAUGAUCGCUGCAGCCAAAUCAGUCGAUGAUCGCAGAGAUUCUCAAAUUGUAAUAGACUUUAAGUCUGGCUUUGAACCUCCUGGAGAUUUCCCAUUUGAAGAUUAUAGUCAACAUUAUAGAACUGUUUCUGAUGGAACGAUCAGUACCCCAAAACAGGAAGGAAUGAAAAUCGAUGCAAAAACCACUGUGGGCAAGGCUAAGGGGAAACUCUGCUUUGGAAAGAAACCAAAGGGUCCUUCCCAAGAAGAUUUCAGUCACUUGCCACCAGAACAAAGGCGGAAAAAACUUCAGCAGCGGAUUGAUGAGCUUAACAGAGAAUUGCAGAAAGAGAAUGAUCAAAAAGAUGCCCUCAUCAAAAUGAAAGAUGUGUACGAGAAAAACCCACAAAUGGGUGAUGGAAGUCUUCAGCCAAAAUUAAUGGAAACUAUGAACAACAUGGACCGUCUGCGGAUGGAAAUCCACAAGAACGAGGCAUGGCUUUCUGAAGUUGAAGGUAAAGUAGCAACAAGAGGAGAUCGAAGACACAGCAGUGACAUCAACGUAACCCAAGGAAGAGAGAGUCCGGAGGGGAGCUACACGGAUGAUGCCAAUCAAGAAGUUCGGAGCCCACCCCAGCAGCAUGGCCCUCAUAAUGAAUUUGAUGACGAUUUUGAAGAUGAUGAUCCUUUGCCAGCUAUAGGACAUUGUAAAGCUAUCUAUCCAUUUGAUGGUCACAAUGAAGGCACCCUGGCCAUGAAAGAAGGGGAGGUUUUGUAUAUUAUAGAGGAAGACAAAGGAGAUGGAUGGACAAGAGCUCGGAGGCAGAACGGAGAAGAAGGAUACGUGCCAACUACCUACAUAGAUGUAACUCUAGAAAAAAACAGUAAAGGUUCCUGAAGCGGGUAUCUGAGAAAAUGGGCGAGAUGUUGAAGGAGGUUACAUGCAGCUGCUUUUUUGGGGGAGGGUGUUAGGCCCAGCAAAAUGGGGGAAAGCCAGUUGCAUGAAAGCAUGUAGGCAUAUGUUUCUCACUAACAAUGUUAGCAUUUCUCUUUGUGUGUUCCCAAAUUGUGGUAAGCUAAAACGCUCCAUUCCAACAGAACCAAACCCACCCCGGUUUGAAAACAUAUCCGCUCCAUAGUUCUGAAAUGCUAGCUGUUUUACCACUUGCAUUUUUAUACUGGCUGUUUUCAGCUGCUUCCUUUUCCAUAUCCAUUUUUUUACAAUCAGCAUUGAGUCCGAAAUCUUCUCAUUGACAGUCUUCUGCCUGUGUGCCACUUCCAUGCUCGCCCUAACCUUUUCCUGCAUGUCUAGAUAAUGCGUCAGGCAUGUUCGCCUAAUGUUUUUGUACUUCCAUAGUUCUUUCCUCGUCUCUUGCAUUUGUAGCGUCCUCCAGCACUAAAGUUUUUUUUUUAAUAUAUAUUUUCCCCUGCCCCGUUUUACGUCGCUGUAAUUUGUCGUUUGUUUUAUCUUCUUCAUUGUGACCAUUUCCAGUUCUUUGGCGUUAACACCGGCUGUGAAAGUAACAUUCAUUCUGCUUUGGGGAUGGAAUACAUCUUCAGCACUAGGCCAUCCCAGCCUAUCCUCAGCACCUCAAUAAUUUCUCAUGAGCACUGAAAC